AUGAGGUUCGUCGUACCUAUAGACUCAACCUUCAAAAAUAAACGAUUGAAAUUAGAAGAACGUCAAGCAAUUGCCAAGUUUCUUUUGAAAGAAAGUAAGGAAGGAAGUCUUAAAUACGGAUCUAUAACACAAGCUGCGAUGUUGUACAGGAAAUCAAUAAGAACUAUUCAGCACAUUUGGAAACAAUGUCUAUCAUCAGUUGAUAAUGGUAUGUCGUCGUUAGAUGUUUCUUUAAGACUUACAGGUAAAGUUGGAAGAGAAUGGACUGGAGUCAACAUUAAUCAAGUCAAAGAAAUUCCACUUUGUCGUCGAACAAAUAUUCGAUCUCUGGCUUUUGUGAUGAACAUUUCCAAAUCAACCGUCUUUCUGUGUGUGAAAGAUGGAACUCUUCGGCCACAUUCUAAUUCCAUCAAGCCUCAGUUAAACGAAGGAAACAAAAAGGUACGACUUCAAUACCGCCUCUCAAUGAUUGAUCAGAAUAAAAUCCACAUAAAUCCCAUGUUUAUGAAUAUGUUUAAUUAUGUUCAUAUCGAUGAAAAGUGGUUUUUUUUGUCCAAAAAGGUUGAAAGGUACUACCUGCUUCCUGGAGAGCAUGAGCCAGAUCCGUAUCGUUCUUACAAAAGUAAAAAUUUUAUUCCAAAGUUUAUGUUUAUGGCUGCUGUAGCACAUCCUCGAUUUGAUGAAAAUGGAACUGAGUUGUUUUCUAGAAAAAUAGGUAUUUUUUCGUUUGUAAUUAUGGAACAAGCUAAGCGGAAUAGCAACAAUCGAACAGCAGGAACUAUGGAAACAAAGCCCAUUCAGUCAGUAACUAAUGAUAUCACUAGAGCUUACUUGAUAGAGAAAGUUCUUCCUGCUAUUAGAGCAAAGUGGCCAGCUUCCGAUUCAAAUAAUCCUAUCUUUUUACAACAAGAUAAUGCAAGGCCACAUGUUGGUAACAAUGAUUUGCAAUUUAUUGAAGCUGCCCGACAAGAUGGAUUUGACAUUAGAUUGUGUUUUCAACCAUCGAGCAGUCCAGAUUUAAAUGUUUUAGGUCUUGGUUUUUUUAGAGCAUUCCAAAGUCUUCAAUAUUAA